AUGAAAAUCUUCUGCUUAAAAUUCCUUAUCAUUUUAAUUGCAAUGCUGUUAAGUUUGAUAAAAUUUAAAGCAGCAGACGACUUUGAAAAUGAAAUGUUUCUCAAUCCACCAAAUAAAAUAAUCAAACGUGAUCAAAUUGAAUUCACACAAGUUCGAUCAGUUUAUGACUAUAAUCCUGAAAUAGAGCAAGAUGAUUGGAAUGUUUUCAAUAGUUUAUUUCUUCUAAUUUCAAUUAUUAUCAUUCUUUUAAUGCUCGUAUUUAUCUAUUGCUGUACUAUGUUGUGUGAUUAUGAGGACUAUGGAGAUGAAAGAGUGUGA